UUAUGACCCAAAUUUCCCAAUAUAGAACAUAAUUUCUGGUCGCCGUAAAUUCCUUCCUUUUUCUCAACAGCGUAAGCUUGAACAAUGCGACUACCAAUUUCCCAGAAACCACCCUAUUUUCCAUGACCAACUUCCCCCAAAACCUCUCACCAAAGCGGCUUCUCAAGCUUCUCAAAUCAGAAACAAACCCUUACUCUGCAUUGGCUCUCUUCGACUCAGCAACUCACCAUCCGGGUUACACCCACUCACCCGACGUUUUCCACCACAUCCUCCGUAGACUGAUCGAUUACCGUCUCGUUUCCCACGUCACUAGGAUCGUUCAACUCAUUGAAAGCCAGAAAUGUAACUGCCCAGAAGAUGUUGCUUUGACGGUAAUCAAAGCUUAUGCUAAAAACUCAAUGCCUGAUAAAGCAUUAGAUUCCUUCCAAAGAAUGAAACAGGUUUUCGGGUGUGAACCUGGUAUUCGGUCUUACAACACUUUGCUCAACGCUUUUGUUGAGUCGCAUCGUUGGGAUGAAGCUGAGUCGUUUUUUAAGUAUUUUGAAACGGUGGGUAUGGAGCCGAAUUUGCAAACCUAUAAUAUUUUGAUUAAGGUUGCUUGUAAAAAGAAGCAGUUUAAGCACGCGAAGGAGAUAUUGGAUUGUAUGUGGAAAACGGGUUUUCAACCAAAUGUGCAAAGCUAUGGGAGUUUGAUUAGUGGGUUUGUUAAAGGUGGGAACUUGGUUGUUGCUAUGGAAGUGUUCGACGAAAUGUUUGAGAGAAAAGUGAUCCCUGAUGUUAUGUGUUAUAAUAUAUUAAUUGAUGGGUUUUUCAAAAAUAGAGAUUUUGUGAAGGCAAAUGAGGUUUGGGAGAGAUUGUUGGAAGAUUCUUCGGCUUAUCCGAAUUCGGUUACUUAUAAUGUUAUGAUUAAUGGUUUGUGCAAAUGUGGAAAGUUUGAUGAGUGUUUGAGUAUAUGGGAAAGGAUGAAAAAGAAUGAAAGAGAGAAGGAUUUGUUUACUUAUAGUAGUAUGAUUCAUGGCUUAUGUGAGGCAGGGAAUAUUGAUGGUGCUGAGAGAGUUUAUAAAGACAUGGUUGAAAAUGGUGUAAUGAUUGAUGUGGUUACUUAUAAUGCAAUGCUUAAUGGGUACUGUAAAGCUAGGAAAAUUAAAGACAGUUUUGAGUUGUGGAAAUUGAUGAAGAAAGAGGGUUGUAUAAAUGUUGUUAGUUUUAAUAUAUUCAUUAGAGGGUUGUUGGAGAAUGGGAAGGUAGAUGAAGCUCUUUCUCUAUGGGGGAACUUGCCUCAAAGAGGUUGCUGUGCUGAUGCUUCAACUUAUGGAGUUUUGAUUCAUGGAUUGUGUAGAAAUGGAUACUUAAGAAAAGCUUUGGAUAUAUUGCAAGAGGGUGAACUUGGGGAAGGUAAAGUGGAUAGCUUUGGAUAUUCUUCAAUGAUUGAUGGGUUAGGCAAACAAGGGAGACUAGAUGAAGUAGCUGGUUUAAUUUGUCAAAUGGUCAAGUGUGGUCAUAAACUGAAUCCUUAUGUUUAUAAUCCCUUGAUUCAGGCUUUUAUCCAAGCAUCCAGACUUGAUGAUGCAGUUCGAUUUUUCAAGGGAGUGGACUCAAUGGGUUGUUCUCCUUCUGUUGUUUCAUAUAAUAUUCUCAUUUCGGGUUUAUGUAAAGCAGAUAGAUUUCGAGAGGCGUAUUCAAUCUUGAAGGAAAUGCUAGAGAAAGGGUGGAAACCGGACAUGAUUACGUACAGCUCAUUGAUGAAAGGUCUUUUCCGAGGAAAGAAUGUUGAAAUGGCACUUGGGUUAUGGAACCAUGUGCUUGACAAAGCCUUAAAGCCUGAUGUAACUAUGCAUAAUAUCGUCAUUCAUGGUCUUUGCUCCGUUGGCAAAGUUGAGGAUGCUUUACAGCUCUAUUCAAAGAUGAGACAAAGGAACUGUGCUACUAACCUCGUAACCUAUAAUACUAUCAUGGAAGGGCUUUACAAAACUGGAGAAUACGAGAAGGCAUCGGAGAUCUGGACCCAAAUUUCAAGUGAUGGACUACAGCCAGAUAUUAUUUCUUAUAACAUUACUCUCAAGGGGCUUUGUUCUUGUGGUAAGAUAUUAGAUGCAAUUGGCUUUUUGGAUGAUGCUUUAGAGCGUGGAAUCCUCCCAACUGUCAUUACCUGGAACAUCCUAGUCAGGGCAGUGCUGACCACUGGCUUUAAGAUGGCUGUUUCGAUUUAGGAUUCACUUGCAGUUAAAUUCCCAUUUCUGGACUUUUGGCAGUUGAAACUAUGGUGCGCUCUUCACCAGAUCAAGAAUCCGGAGGACUAGUCUUUGAGUUGCGUACAUUAAAGAGAUCCUAAGUUCAUUUACAUGUUCCGGGAUCAAGAAUUGCUAUCAUUGUCAUUCGUAAGACUUAUUGGACGUACAUGAGAGGAUGGCUUUUACAAUGAAAAUUCUCUUGAAGUGAUUGGAGGUAUGGAUGCAUGAAUACCUAAGGCUAAAAAGUCAAGUUCCUAUACAUGGCUUUUUUUAGAGUUUAGACAUGACAUGAAACCACACUCACAUCUUGGGAUAUAUAUAUAUUUACAUUUAUUGUUAUAAGCAUCGGAUUUUGAAACUCGCAUUGGUAUUAGUGAUGGCAGCUAUGUCACUAAGAUCAAAUGUUGAUGAUGAUGCAAAAGAAACAUUGCUUGAUGUAUCAAACCCAAGUAUUAAGUUAUUACUUGGGGUUAUUCAAUCAUGCUACACCAUUUGUUAGAUUAGAUAUAAUAAGAAGAGCCUUUACUUGUUUUCAUCAUUCUUUUCUGUUUUUUCCUCUUCUGAUAACACUGUCUGUUCAUAGAUAAACUGGGAAAACAAAGCAACUAAAAUAGCUCCAAGAACUGCAACUUUUCGCCAAUCCGAUCCAGUGACCAACGAGUCCGCAAUCCCAAUGGCAAGCACCG